GUAUUAUGCCAUUUCACCAACCGUACGGUACCCCAAGGUUUCAAUAUCACCAACGCAAGUAAUAUAACUUCUCUAUCUCUCCCUCUCUUUUUAAUAUAACUUCUCUCUUUCUCUCUCUCUUUCGUUGGGAUACCAAACAAAUAUAAGGACAGGAAAAUGUCGGAUUGGGUUGCGGCGGUGGUGGCGACGGUGUUGUUUGUGGUUCUGACGCCGGGAUUGUUGUUUCAGGUUCCGGGCAACAACCACUUUGUAGACUUCGGGAAGAUGGAAACGAGCGGAUACUCAAUCCUUCUCCACGCCUUCAUCUACUUCGGCCUCGUCACUGUCUUCACCGUCGUCAUCCACUUUCCAGGCACUUAAUAAUUCUACGUAACUUUCACCAAUAUUUAUACUUUUUUCUUACCUUAUUAUUAUUACCUAUAUUAUAUAUAUAUAUAUAUAUAUAUAUGCUUCUUUUUUUUCUUACCUUUUGUAUAUUAUCAGUUUUACCAUAUUUUCGUAUAUUAUUCACAUGAUUAUUAUGCUAAUGUUUUGUGCCGUAUGUUAUUCCCUAUAUA